CGCCGCCGCGAUGGCCACGGAGGAGCUGGCCGGCAAGCUGAGCCGCCGCCUGCGCGUGGAGGGGGGCGAGGCGGGGGCGGAGGCGGGGGCGGCGGAGGGGCCACUCUCCCCGGGCGGCGCCCGCCGCGUCUUCAGCCCCUACAGCGAGUUCCGCGAGUUCUCCCGGCGGCAGAUCAAGGACAUGGAGCGCCUCUUCCGCCAGUACGACGCGGGCAAAGACGGCUUCAUCGACCUCAUGGAGCUGAAGCUGAUGAUGGAAAAACUCGGGGCUCCCCAGACGCACCUCGGCUUGAAAAACAUGAUCAAAGAAGUGGAUGAGGAUGUCGACAGCAAGCUCAGUUUUCGGGAGUUCCUUCUCAUUUUCCGCAAAGCGGCCGCUGGGGAGCUGGAGGAAGACGGCGGCCUGCACGCCUUAGCCUGCCUCUCAGAGAUCGAUGUCUCCACGGAGGGGGUGACAGGAGCCAAAAGCUUUUUUGAGGCCAAAGUACAAGCGAUGAAUGUCACAAGCCGCUUUGAAGAGGAGAUCAAGGCGGAACAGGAGGAGAAGCGGCGCCAGGCGGAGGAGCUGAAGCAGAGGAAAGUCGCUUUCAAGGAGCUGCAGUCGGCCUUCAGGCAGUGACGGCCACCGGACCAAGCAGAGCCAGCGGCAGCCGCUUUGCGCUUUGAGCAGCCGCUUCGUCUCCCCACGCUGCAAAUCCCCCUGCCCGGCGUUUGCAGGCCAGGUGGCGCUAGAAGCGCAAGGGCUGGAGGGAUCCUGGUCAGUUGGCAACCCCACAUGGUUUGUGGACAAACCACUGUGGAAAGACGGGCCUUCGAGCCCCCAGACCCAUCCGGGGGGUGCCGCUUUCCCUCAGCCUGUAAAGAUGUGCACCCCCUGCCAAGCCAGCCGUUCCGUGUUUCUUCCGUGUGUUUUUGUCUUCUGUCCGUUGGUCUUGUGACUCGGCGUCUCCCGGUCCCAGGCUUGCGGACUUGCCGUGCGGGUCGUUUCGUUCCCCAGCUGGGGUCGUGGUGCAUGGAUGUGGCUUGCCCUUAGAGGCGGGGCGGGGUCCGUCCCCCCCACCUCGCUGCUUGUGCAGAAGCGCCAUUUUUGUGUGUGCAGCCUCCGCUGAAUAAAUCGCGCCCGGAUCCUGCUUUCUCCAAAGGGGGCCCCCGCCUGGGUGUUGCAGCCUGGCCAUGGGGCUGCCGCUCCGUGGGAUGUGGCCCUGGUGCGGGCAGGGCGGGGGUCUUCUCUGAGGAUGCCCUUCAAGGCGCCCUCUCCCAUCUUCACUCUCCCCUCCUCAAAUGUGGUUGAUUCUGGAGUUGAGACCCAGCUGAAGUUUUCCUCCGGAGUCCCAGCUGUUCCCCCGCGGGGGAUGAGGGGAGCCGGAGUCUGUCUGGCGCAUCUGCAGGACAAGGCCGAUUGAUGGUGUGUGUUUGUGUGUGUACGUGUGUGUGUUUACAUCCAGGCAAUAAUCCCCAAGUUCUGGAGUUGUGUUGUUGUAUGGAAGCAUUCUGGUGGCAGGAAUGAAAGCAGAGAGGGUCCAAAAUGAGCAUUUCCCAACAGAUUUGGGGCAGAUGCGCCCAACCGUAGAACCACGUCUGUUUGAACUUGCUUUGUGGAGUAAAUUCUCCAAAUGUGGAGCAUCACGCUGUGCCCUGGUUCACGCGUGUCCUGUUCCCACAGCACACGGGAAAGCCGUCCCUCUCCUACACUGUCCGUCAGUGGGGGCUGGACUGUGUUAAAAUCAUCCUGUUGGGAAGGGCACCUAGAGGUCAUCUAAUUCAACCCCAAGCCAGAGCAGACAGGAAAACACGCUGGCGCGGUCAGGGUCCCCUCGGCACGGACUGAUCCGGGGUGGGGCCAUACCUCCCUCCGUUUCAGGUCAUUUUGCAUUGUCCCGCUCCCUUAAUGGGGCUGUCCCGUGGGGUCACUUGUGCACAAGGGGGCCUUUUUUGUAGAUGGGCCCCCUUGACACCAGUUGGGGCGUGGCAAGCUGUGUGAGCUCUGCCAGUUACGGCUUAGGCAACAACCCAGCAAAACUUGGCUUAGCACAAUGCGUGAGCCCAGACAUGGUGGGAGGCGUGGACUAGUCCAGUGGUGGCUUGUUCAACAAGCCAUGAUUAGAGCAGAUCCGGCUGAGUGCUUUGCAGAGCCCCUUGUCUGUCUGGGAGGAUCUCUGGAGGCUUAUCCCCCGAGGUUUCCCUGGAAGCUUUCGGACCGCUUGCUCUGCUUUCCUGCCAAGCUUGUGUUUUGGGGCUGAAAAAGCUCCGAGUGCCCCUGGAAGUCCCCCUUUUUCUUGGGGCCGUGGGAGGGGUUCAGGGACGGGAAAGGCCUUGCGCUAAAUCUCUCCUUCGAUUCCUGGUCGCUUGUUCCAGUCCGUCCAACGGGUGGGUUUAACAUCGGGGUUGGGGGGGGUUCACUUUUGGUUUCAAAAGCUGCUCUGUUUCAGUGGUAUGAUUUUAUUUUUUUUACCCAAAUAUUAUUAAAACAAAACUAUAUUUCAUAA